UAAAUAUAAAACAUAUAAGCCAAAGGUAUAUAACAUUAGUAACGGAUCUACUCAUCUUUCAAUUUGUUAUGUUCUAAGUGCUGAGCGCAAUAAUCGGAUUCGUAUUUUGGUUUACCUGCACAUACUUUGCAAAUUGCAGAGGAAAGUAAAUAUUGCGCACACUUCAGCCGCGCAUUUAUUUCGAUCUCAACCGCUCUGGAAGUUCGUAAGGAGAGCAUUAAAUAUUCUGUCAGCCACCAUUUAUUAAAACUUUCGGGAAGUUUUCUCAACACAGAAGCUGCAAAUUGCUGAGGAUUGGUGUGAUUGGUGAAAAUGUCGUACAGAAAUACUUAUUACAUUGAGACCAACGCUGUCCGACGGGUGGCCCAUCUGCCACUCUUCGACUCCGCCCUGAGGUCUGUUGUUUCAGUGUAUACCGAGAUAAAAGGUCGUUACCCGCUCCUGGCUGUGGUGGGUGGUGUGGCCGAGAUCGGGGUGCGGAGUGUGUCCCAGGCCGCCAUCCUGCGUGCCGCCCCCAUCCUCCUGAGCCUGGAGCCCCAGAUGGAAGUGGUCAAUGAUUAUGCUUGCCUGGGAUUGGACCAGCUGGAGAAGACCUUUCCUGUUUUGCACCAGUCUACGGAGGAGGUAAUGGGCCAUCUGAAGGAUGCCUUUUUCCUGACCCUGGAUGACGUGCAGGUGCGUGUGAAUGACGAGCUGGACGGGAUGCAGGAGCGCUUGGGCAGGCUGACCAACACCACCUGGUACUACCUGCUGGCUCUGCAGGAGUCACAGCUGGGUCAGAUGGCCACCACGGGCCUGGACAACGUGCUGACAUUCUCAGAGGAGGCCAUGGAGAAGUACUUGCCUCUGCCACCUUCACUGCGCCUUGAGUGGGAGAGGAGGUUUCGACAGUAUGAGGAUGAAGAUGGGGAUGAUGAGCCCAGGUUGUGGACGCGGUUCCGCGGCCUCCUGCUCUGCCUGAGCCUGCAACUGUACCACCGCCUGCUGAAGCUGAGAGACAGGCUGGAGUGGGCCAUGGCCAUGUUACAGGACGCUGCCGACAGGGUGGGGCUGACCAGGCUGCUGGAGGUGGUGGGCUCCAUGCUCCAGAGGCUGCAGCUGCUCUAUAUGUCCCAGGUGUUCCGUCUGAAGGCCUUAAGCAGGCUGGCCCUUGACCAGCUUAAGACCAAGGCUCAGGUCCUGGCCGAACUGGGGCCUGUGAAGCAGGUGUUGGGUCUGCCUGCUCAGGUGCAGCAGGUGGUGGCUGACCUACAGGAGCUGGGCAAGAUCCUGUUUCAGCUGCUGGUCAACAGCACUCCGCUCUACAACAUGAUCCAGCAGCCCAGUGAUCAGGAAGUGGAGGAGUUUAUCACUCAGCAAGAAUCCAUGUCCUCUGACUCCAUCUGCCAUAACUCUGCCAACAGCCCCUUCCUAAAGGCCAUGGACGGCCGCCCGCACAGGCGCAAGAGCUCAUAUGCCCAGGAGCCCGACAACCAGCCUCCCUUUCAACAGGGCAGCGAGACGCAGGAAGACCAGCCUGCUUAUGUGGAGUUUGACAUCACUGUGAGUCAUCCUGACCAAAACUCAACUGAGGGUAGUGAACCUAACUUAGAAACCACUGAACACCAGUGCCCUGACCAAGACUCACAUGAGGCUGGUGAAUACAAGGUGGAGACUGCUGAGGAGCUGAACCCCAACCAAGACCUAGGUGAGGAUGGAGAACCAAACGUGGAGAGCGUUGAAGAAGUGAACCCUGACCAAGAUGUAGGUGAGGCUGAUGAACACAAAGCAGAGAGUGUUGAAGACCUGAACUUUGACCAAGACUCUGAUGAGGCUGUUGAACACAAGUUGGAGGCUGUUAAAGAUCCCAGUCCUGACCAAGACUUAGGUGAGGCUAGUAAACAUAAGGAUGAGACUGUUAGUGACCUGAGCCCUGACCAAGACUCAGAGGAGGCUGGUGAAGAGAAGAUGGGGAAUGUUGAAGACCUGAGCUGUGACCAGGAAUCAGAUAAAACCUUUGAACACAGGUUUGAGCCCGUUGAAGACCUUAGCCAUGACCAAGACUCAAAGGAGGCUACUGAACACAACAUUGAGACUGUUGAACUCCUGAGCUGUGAUCAAGAGUCUGAUGAAGCUGGUGAACACAAGGUGGAGACUGUUGAAGACCUGAGCCAUGACCAAGAGUCAGAUGAGGCUGGUGAACAACAGGUGGAGACCGUUCAAGACCUAAGCCAUGACCAAAAGUCAGAUGAGGCUAGUGAACAACAGGUGGAGACCGUUGAAGGCAUGAGCCACGACCAAGAGUCAGGUGAGGUUAGUGAACAACAGGUGGAGACCGUUGAAGGCAUGAGACAUGACCAAGAGUCAGAUGAGGUUGGAGAACACAAGGUGGAGACUGUUCAAGACAUAAGCCAUGACCAAAAGUCAGAUGAGGCUGGUGAACACAAGGUGGAGUCCGUUGAAGACCUGAGCCCUAACCGAGAGUCAGGUGAGGCUAGCAAACAAAAUGCGGAGACCAUUGAAGUCCUGAGCCGUGACCAAGAGUCAGAUGAAGCUGGUAAAAACAAGAUAGAGACUGUUCAAGACCUGAGCCCUGACCAGGAGUCAGAUGAAGCAGGUGAACACAAGGUUGAGUCCGUUGAAGGCCUGAGCAAUUACCAGGAGUUAGAUGAGGCUAGCGAACCAAAUGUGGAGACUGCUAAAGUCCUGAGCCAUGACCAAGAGUCAGAUGAAACUGUUGAACACAAGAUAGAGACCAUUGAUGACAUGAGCAAUGACCAAGAGUCAGAUGAGGCUGGUGAACAAGAGGUGGAAACUGUUGAAGGCCUGAGCCAUGACCAAGAUUCUGAUGAGGCUAGUGAACACAAGGUGGAGACAACUGAGUAUUACUUAGAUGCAGACAGAAGAGAUGAAAGCCCACCCAGGCGCAAGAGCCCGUCUUCCCACUCCCACAGAAGUUCAUCCAGUGCUGGCAACCCUGACCAGUCUCCCUCUCGCCAGGGAAGCCUGACUCCUGACAACCUGCCUCUCUCUCACCUGGAUCUCCCUUCUACCAGCAGCAUGCAUCGCCACUCUGCUGCUGAUGUCCUCCCAGGCUCCAUACUACAGUACCAUGGCUCAGAUUCUGAGCAGCCCUCAGAUGGAACUGUUCUACCUACGUUGGAGAUCACAGAAAACCACACAGACUCCAGAGAUGAGAGCCAAUCCAGACGCUUGAGUCUGCCUGUUCGCUCCCGCAGGGGCUCAUCCAGUAGUAAUAACCUGUCUAACAGCCGCCGGGGCAGCCAAGUAAAGAACAACCAGCCUCUCUCUGUUGAGUUUGACAACCUGGAUGUCCCUUCUACCAGUCCUCAGCGCCGCCGCUCCUCAGCUGAAAAUAUCCUUCUUAACCCUGUCCAGCACCUGACUUCUGAGCCGUCCUCAGACGAUACUGUUAUACCUGAAGUGAAGAACACAGAGACCCCAGAUGCAAUAGAUGAGACCCCACCCAGACGCAAGAGUCUUUCCACACAGUCCCGUAGGCGCUCAUCCAGUGCAGACUAUCCCCCAGCCCCGGAGCCAACCCCAGUCAACUCUACCAAUGGCAGCCGUGGCAACCAAAUGCAUGACGCCCUGGAGAUCGACACCCAGGCCCUCCCCUCUACCAGCGUUGAGCAUCGCCACCCCUCAAUUGUCGAUGUCCUCCUAGACCCCAUUCUACAGUAACCGAACCAAGAGCAUUCAAAACAAGCCGAAAUGAAAGAGACUGAAACACCAGUAGCAGAGACCAUGAAGCAAUAAGACACCAAUGUCCUAGAAAUAGACCACCUUCGCAGGCCCAAGUGCAACACACCUCAACUGAUAUUUGCUGUCAGGCUAAUCAGAGUUGGUCUCAGUUAAACAAUACACAUACCGUUGAUAGAGGGGGGCUGAUAUUGAAGCAGUUGCUUUGAGUCUGUGAUAGGGCAAUGGCAAUGUAAUAUGUUGAUCUAUAAUAAUAUAAGAUUAUGAUUAAUAUUCAAACGUAAAGAUUCAGACACUACUUAAAUUACUUUCAACUCUAAAUGUACACCUUUAGCAUGCUUAAUGUCCAUAGAAUUGUAUGACAUUAUAGAUCUUGUGUGCUCCAUAUUUACAGUUAAUUACUCUGUAGCUGAUGUUUUAUUCUGUUUUUUUGGUCUCUUUAACCUCAAACAUUAAGAAGUGAGAAACAAAGCUUGGUGGUAAAAUCAAGAAUGACAGGACCUAAAUGUUGAUGAUUGAGGAAAAUGUGGGGAUAGAGCUCAGAAUUAUAAUUGAAUUGACAGCAGAAUUAUAUUUGCCUUUAUCUUUAUUACAAUAUCAUAACAUUUAAUGUAAUAUAACAUAUAAUUAGGACAUUUUAGAUGGCCUAUAAAAUUCUUAAACACAAUUUUGUCUGUAUUUGAAUAAAGGUGAAAUGUA